GGCGGAGGCCCACUUUUGGAAGAAAUCCGUCAGCUUCCCAUAAAUGUCUAAGAAUCUUUCUUCAUCAUCUCCUAGUCUGAUAUGGUUUUCCAUUUUUACAAAGUCAACCAAUGUUGUUGUACCCUUCAACUUCAACACGUUUGUGUACAAUGGAGAGGCGGAUCUUUCAUCGGACACGGCGGCGCUCGUGGCGCUCCAGAAGGCGAUGGGCGCUAGUAGUCGGACUCGCCACUGGAACCUCUCCGAUGAGACUCCCUGCUCGUGGCUUGGCGUCAAGUGCGGCGGCGGGAGGGUCACCGAGCUGCGGCUUCCCGGCGUCGGACUCGUCGGGGAACUUCCGCUAGGGCUUGGAAACCUGACUCAACUUCAAACCCUAUCUCUCCGCUCUAAUAUGCUUUCUGGUUCUCUUCCGUCUGAUUUUGCGAACCUCCGCUCCCUCCGCAGCCUCUACUUGCAACGGAACUCAUUUUCCGGCGAGAUUCCUCAGGUUCUGUUCAGUAUCCAGAGUCUGGUUCGCGUGAAUUUGGCUCAUAACAAGUUCGCCGGUCCAAUUUCGUCUAGGUUUAGUAAUCUCACGAAAUUAGAGGUCCUGAAUUUGGAAGGCAAUCAACUCACUGGAUUUAUUCCUGAUUUCACCGUUCCCUCGCUUAAGACUCUCAAUGUUUCUUUCAACCAUCUGAACGGCUCCAUCCCUUCGCAGUUUUCCGAUCAGCCAGCCAGUGCCUUCGACGGCAACUCGCUUUGCGGGAAGCCGCUGCACCCUUGCGACGGCGAGGACAAGAAAUUAUCCGGCGGAGCAAUCGCCGGUAUCGUUAUAGGAGCGUUGAUUGCAUUCCUAAUCCUCAUUCUCAUUUUGUUCUUUUUAUGCCGGAAGACGAAGAGAACAACUGGUUCAAUGGAUGCUACGACGACGACCUCCAGGAGAAUGUCCUCGGAGGUUGAGAACCCAGGUACCGGUUACGGUGGAAGUGGGAAUGAGAGGAAUCUGGUGUUCUGUGGGAAAGGAAAGAGUGUGUUUGAUUUGGAGGAACUGUUGAAAGCAUCUGCAGAGGUGUUGGGGAAGGGGACUUUUGGGGCAACUUACAAGGUAGCUCUGGAUGUGGGGAUGGCUGUGGUGGUUAAGAGGUUGAGAGAUGUGAGAGUUCCAGAGGAGGAAUUCAGGGAGAAGAUUGAAAGCUUGGGGAUGAUGAAUCAUCAGAACUUGGUCCCCAUUAACGCUUACUAUUAUGGCAGAGACGAGAAGCUUCUGAUAUGUGAUUAUGUCCCCAUGGGAAGCUUGUCUGUACUUUUACAUGGCAGCAGAGAUGCUGGUAAGGCUCCAUUGAAAUGGGAAGCAAGGGCUGGCAUUGCGCGCGCAGCCGCUCGGGGGAUUACGUAUCUUCAUUCUCGACGACCUCCGACCUCCCAUGGCAAUAUAAAGUCCUCAAACAUUCUCCUCAACCAAUCCCACAUAGCUUGUGUCUCUGACUUUGGCCUCACUCAGAUUGCAAGCCCCACAUCCACUCCGAACCAUGUUGCAGCCUACCGGGCCCCUGAAGUCACCGAUCCUCAAAAAGUAUCCCUGAAAGCAGACGUUUACAGCUUCGGCAUGGUAAUUCUAGAGCUUAUAACAGGGAAGGCUCCAAACUCGCCGAUGUUCAAUGAUGAUGGAGUAGACCUCCCGCGAUGGGUGCACUCGAAGGUCGAAGAGAAGAAGACAGCUGAAGUGUUUGAUGAGAAACUGUUAGGACACAAGAAUGGCUUGGAUGAAAUGGUUCAGCUUCUGCAUCUUGCCAUGCUGUGUACAGCUCCACACCCCGACAGCCGCCCCUCGAUGGCGAAGGUGACGAGUCGAAUCGACGAAAUAUAUCACUCGAUCUUACUGAAAGAACAAGAGACGGGCAUCGAUAAGUUUUAUGACGUGGACAGUUCUGUUUCCCAGCAAUUUUACUCGGCUGAUUCAAUCAUGCUUCCACCUUCAGUAUAGCAAGUUUACUCUGCUGAAGAUUUCAAAGGAGAGCUGCUGACAAGACUAUAGCACUAAUUGAACAUAAAUUUGUUUGUUGAUUCUUUGGUUUUGUGUCUCUCUGUUGUUAUAAUUGUGAGUUUUUCAUCAGAUUUUUACAGGUUUAUUUAUAAAGUUCACUUUGAUUUGAUUGUC